UGUGCGGGGGUUUGGCUAUGGCCGGGCAGAAGUGGUGGAGUCUGCGGGAGUGAGUGGAGGAGCGCUGCCGCUGACAAAGGGAAUGGAAGGUGGCGGUUGGAGCGCCGCGUAAUUGGAAUCUUGACCCGGCAGCUGCAGCCGGCUCGCGCCGCCUCGAUUUUGCAGCCAUUUGGGGCCGCGGCUGGCGACUCUCUUCACCACCCCCCCCCCCCACCGUCUCCCCCUGCUUCACCUCCAAGGCAUCUGGACCGAAAAGGCGGGUAGAGGUGGGGAGGAAGAGUCCCUUGGAGCACUCUCAGGGUUUACCCUCGAGUUUCCGCUGUCGCUGCACUCAUCUCCCCGCCUCUGUGCCCCUGUGUGCUCGGGGGUGAAAUGAUCUGCUCCAGCGUCUCUCUGAGCCGGGCUGAGAGAGCCUGAGUCUCGGUACCAUCUCCCAUCAUUAACGCCGUAAAAAGCGAGAAGCGUCCCCCCGCAGGCGGAGAAUCGGCUUGUCUUCAGCAGGAGGAGAGAGGGGUAAAAAUGGGGGAGCAGCCCAUCUUCAGCACACGAGCCCAUGUCUUCCAGAUUGAUCCUACCACAAAGAAGAACUGGGUUCCCACCAGCAAACAUGCGGUAACUGUGUCCUACUUCUAUGAUAAUACACGUAAUGUGUACAGGAUAAUCAGCCUUGAUGGGUCAAAGGCAAUUAUCAACAGCACAAUCACUCCAAACAUGACAUUCACAAAAACAUCUCAAAAGUUUGGUCAGUGGCCAGACAGUCGUGCAAACACUGUCUAUGGUCUUGGCUUUUCCUCAGAGCAUCAUCUAACUAAAUUUGCAGAAAAGUUCCAAGAAUUUAAAGACGCAGCGCGGAUAGCAAAAGAGAAAAUGCAGGAAAAAAUGGAAUUAACCAGUACGCCAUCACAGGAAUCUGCAGGAGGUGACUUGCAGUCACCUCUGACACCUGAGAGCAUCAAUGGGACAGAUGAUGAAAGGUCUAUUCAAGAUAUCACCCAAGAUUCUGAUGCGCGAGCUGAAAUUAACCAGUCUUCCUUGCCUUUCACUCACAGUACUACAAUUGGAAAGCAUUGGGAGUCUGAGUUGGCAACUUUAAAAACCAACAAUGCUAAACUUACUGCAGCACUACUGGAAUCUACAGCCAAUGUGAAACAGUGGAAACAGCAGCUUACUGCUUACCAGGAUGAGGCAGAACGACUACACAAACGAGUUUCUGAACUUGAAUGCCUGAGUGGGCAGGCAAAUGUGCUUAAGACACACAAAACUGAGCUGAAUAGGAAAAUAGAAGAACUAGAGGCACAAAUGAAGGACAAAGAGGAGGAAAUUGAGCGACUGAAGAAGGAUAUUGUAGGGGCUAAGGAACUGGAAACACAGAGGGACACCCUGUCACAGCAACUACAGGAAGUAGAAACCCGCAAUCGAGACUUGGUGGAGCAAUUGGCAGACUUUGAGCAACGUCUGGAGAAGAAUCAGAAUGAGCAAGGGGUCUUCCGCAAUAACUUAAAAACACUUCUAGAAAUUCUAGAUGGGAAAAUUUUUGAACUAACAGAAUUACGAGAUAACUUGGCAAAGUUAAUAGAAGGUAGCUAAAAUGAGAACCUCUGCAUCAGCUUUGUCAUCCAAAUACAAUACAUAUAAAGGCCAGAUUGAAAUCUAUCUUUCUUCACAGUGGAAGGAAUAUUGUUGGCUCCCUGUAGCAUUCAAUAUCGACAAAAGAUUUGCUUUGCGCUCUUUAUUUAGAGUUUUAUACCCAUUACUUAAGGAGGAGCAAACGUCUAAAGGCUAACUGCAAAUGAACAUUUUCCCCAUAUACAUUCUUCUCGUUGAUUGCUAUGGUAAACAAUUUUGUAAAUUUAGUUUUUGAAACUGCCAUUAUUUCAUGAAUCUGCAACAAAAUAUGCUCUAGGCAACAUGGAAAGAUUUAUGAUAUGACAACUAAAGCCUUUUAAUUGCAAACAAAUGGAUUUUACUGAAUCAAAGAGACAGUAUCCCUUUAUAAAGUUAUGUAAAGGCUGUUAAUAGUAACAUCCACACAUUGUUUGCAUCUCAACCAAGUUUUAUUCAUUUUUGCUGUAAAAUUAUUAGAACAGUGAAAAGUGAUGCACUGAAAGAUGUAUUUAUUUAUGGGCUCCAAAGAAAUUCUUUAUAAGAAUGAUUUUUCAAUUUAUUAAGAACACUAAAUAGUUCUUUAACAAGGAUUAGAAAUGUUUGUGUGGUGUACAGUUUGAUUCUGAGAUAUACUGUGUGGCAGAUUGAUAAAAGGGAUGAUGUCUCUUUAAAUUUAAUAAAAAUGUCAGUUUAAUAUAACUGCUACCUUGUUAUUUACGAAACAUAUGUAUUGUGAUUUCCAAAAUAGUGCUGUUGCACUCACCAUACACACAUCUCAAAGUAAAUUUAUGAAAAUCCAAAAAUGAAAUAUUGGGCAGACAUCAGUUUUUAAAGUGUGUACUAUACAGCAAUAAUAGAAUGCCACUAUAAUUUUAAAUAUGUAUAAUUUAUUGAAAUGUGUUUUAUUCAGAGUAUUAUUUUAUUGUGUUCUUAAGUAAUUUAUAGGUCUGUAAGCAAACCUAAGCAAUGAUUAAUUGGUUAUUUUUCACGGUAUAUUUGAACAGUACAUUUUGGUUAAGGUUUAUGAAGCUUCUUGUAUCUUGGAGAAUAACUUGCAUUUUUAAAAUGAAACUCUUGUUUCAGCGUCAAUGCUAUUAGGUCUGUGAAUUGUCAUUCUCUUAAGGCUCCAACAAAUAGUUGACUUUAAAAAGCAAGAACAGGUUAUAAGUGAGAAAUCUAUUUACUGCACAUGCUGUAAGAGAUGUGAACAGUAACUAAAAAUGUACUAAUGGAUCUAAAAUAAUAUGGUAGUCUUGGAGAAUUACACUUUUGGAUGUUUAUCAAGCUCGCUGAGAAUAUAUACCUAACCUUCUACCACAACCUAUAAACUUCCAGUAUUCAGUAAUGUGCAAUAAUUGACAGAUUAGUUAAGACUACGCUGGCAUAGACCAUUGAGAGAAGAGGCCUCUAUUGCAAAUGAUCCAUAACAGAAAGAGAACCAGGAUGAUGAUAAAUAAUGAUUGAUUGAUUUAUUGUUACAUGUACCUAAGUACAGUGAAAAGCUUUGUUUAUGAGCAGUACAGGCAGAUCAUACUGAGCAAGGAUGUACAGAUCAAAAAGACUCAGAGGCAUACAGGUUACAUUGCAUGGCGUGUAUGCUAGGUGAGAUCAAUGUUAACAAAAUCAGCAUUAUUUGAGGCUAGAGAGUCCACUCAUCAGCCUAAUAAUGGCUAGGAAGAAGCUGUUCCUGAACCUGUUUAUGCAUGUGUUCAGGUUUCUGCAUCUUCUGCCUGAUGGAAGAGGUUGUGGGAGAUCAUUAUCAGGGUGCGAUGGGCCUUUGAUGUUGAGAAGCCACAGAACUAAGCUGGUGAACAGAAGCAAAAAUAUAACUUUCAAAAUGUGAAUUUCUGCUAAAAUUGUAGUCUAGAAUAGAACUUGAUUGAGCCUGCUAAUGAGAUAAUAUAUAUACAAAGAUUUAAUUAUGAAUGUUUAUUUAAGAGAAGUUUGAAGGAUAGAUUUCCUAACAUUGCAGUAAAACAAUGUAAAAUGUAAUUUUUGGAAAUUGUUUUUUUUCUUAGUCCCAUUAAGUGAUUUAAUAUAGCUCAACAAAGAAGGAGCUUUGUUCAGAACAGAAAUGAACAUUUGGCACUUCCUGGAGUUGAUUAUUGCUGAAUGAUCAUUCACUUCAGGUGAAAAAUAACUCCACUGCUGUUGAAUCUCCUAAGAGUAAAGAAUGUGGGAGAUAAACGUCAAAAUGUUUUGAAUAUAAAAAGCCCACAUAACAGAUCCAUGGAAGUUCUCACUUCUGGACCACCCACUCAUUUCAAAACAAGAGUUGGAGCAAUUCCAGUUUGUUGUCAUUAUACUAAUAUGAACCGUAAUUAACAAAAAUGUUAUUGCUUUAUAUACAAUUAUUCAUAUAGUAAGCUUGUUCUUAAAUGGGAUAAUGAAAUAUUCAUCUGCCCCCUAGUGACUUUUUGGAUAUCUAUGUCAUCUCUCAUUCACUCAAUUUGGGGGUCAGAUCUGUUUUUCAUGUUUUUAAACUUUAUUGUUACACUGGGAUCAGGAAAUAUAACAGAGCCUUGACCCAAUACUGCAUGCUAAUAAAACAGAGGCCAUUCUGUGUUUACAGUUACAAUAAUUACAGUCUAUUUACUAGUGUAGCAAGACUUUUUGUAUAACAAGUUGAAAGAGGUUUGAUAAAUGGGAAGAGGAGCUGCAAUUUUAUGUUCUAUCAUUUGUUAGGGCAUUCUAUUGCCUGAUAAGCGAACAAGAACAGUACUGCAUUAAUUAGCAUAGUUGAACAUAAGUGAACCAUUUCAAUUGGUUUUCAGAAGAUAAUGCCACUGGAGUUUUCCUAGCAUUUUGAGAUGUAAACAAUGAAAUAUUGUUAACACUGCAAAGUCGAGUUUCUUUUCUAAUAAGUUGAUUCCUGAAGAAAAGUGUUCAGUGGCGGUUCAAACUGAGAUCUAAUUAAAGGCUAUGCCUGUCUUUGCUGACCUGUCUAAUCUAAAUUACAUUGCACAUGUAUUUCCUUUCUCUUUUAUACAGAAGUGUUUUGUGAACUCUCAUCAAACAGUGGAUUUAAACUACAGACAUGCCUGCGCUUCUAUAGAUCCACAAAAGUCAAUUUGUACUUACCAAGGCAACUUCCUGGAGAUGCAGCGUGGGUGUAUUUUUUGAAAGGCAGUGAAGUUAAAGUAUUUUAAGACACAUGAAUAAUCUUUGAUUUGAUUUUGUGUCUUAGGUUGGUAGCAUCCUUUUAAUUAUGUUACCAAAAUGUAACAGCAGUUGCAUGUUGAAGUUCUGAAUUAAAUGGUGUUAUGCUUAGACAAUUCUGUAUGGUGUUGACUUUGAACCAGAGUAAGUGGAUAGGGAUUUGAAGUACUUGGCUAUUGAUUUAUCAUCAGCUUCAGGCCCCCCAUUAUGACACAGAGCAGUUGUGUUUGAAUGUUAUAGUUGAUAAAUAGGUGCAAAUCUAAUAGUGUGCAAUACAGAGCUGUCCUAAUCUGAGCAUGUACAGUAUGGUGGGUCAAUGCUCAAGGCUAUUCUGUUGUUAUGCCACUAUUGGGUGUAACUGUAUUAUUUCUCAAUAUGUGGCUGGUCAACAGCUGUGCCAAAAUUGACAAACCCAGUGUCCUUUUUACAAAAACUGUUAGUGAUUCUUUUUAUAUGUGAAUGUCUUUCCAAAUAUGGAGUCAUUGAUUUAUUGCAAUACUGUAAUAUUCUUAUGGUGUGUCUUAAGGUGGAUUUUAUGAUUUUAGAAUCCAUGUAAGCCCUUGUGCCAAAAGAACCUGUUUGUACUGUAUUAAAAACUGCAAGAUUGCAGACUCCAAAUGCCGUUGGUUAAUUUAUAUUAAUUCACAAUUUUUUUCAGUUUA